GAAUUUUCAGUUUGUUUUGAGAUAUGGGUAUCUCGGGUUAAUAAAGAUUAUAUAGGAAAAAAUUAGUUGGUAUUUGUGGUGUUCUUGUGGACUAUUUACUUGGAGAUCUAGUUUUUUUGUAUAAAUAAACAUUAGAAAUUAGAUGCCAUGGCAUUCAAAUGGUCAAUUUUUCUGAUGACAUGCAACAGUGCGUUUAUCCUUGCUUACACACACGUGAAAACGGAUGAACUGCACAAGAGUUUCAAUCCUGCAACGAAUGUAACCUCUACUGCAGGUCCACAUCCGUGCUCCAGAAAAUGUGUCUAUGGAGAAUCAAUGGUAUGCCAAUACCAUUUUAAAGUUGAAAAUUAUUACACGAUGACUAAAGCUUGCCACGAUUGUCCUAUGAAUCUGAGCCAUUGCUAUCAAAAGGAUUGCAUUCCUGGAGAUGGAUAUGAAAGAGGAAUAAUAACUGUAAAUAGGCAGAUGCCUGGUCCUGCCAUUGAGGUAUGCCAAAACGAUCUCAUCAUUGUCGACGUCGAAAAUUCAUUAAUGUCCGAAGGUACCACUAUCCAUUGGCAUGGACAACAUCAAAGAGAUACUCCGUAUAUGGAUGGAGUACCAUACGUCACUCAGUGUCCCAUUUUACCUAAGAAUACUUUUCGGUAUAGUUUUAUCGCUAAGCAGGCAGGAACUCAUUUCUGGCAUUCACAUCUAGGUAUGCAAAGAGUAGAUGGCUGCUAUGGCCCACUGAUAGUGAGAAUACCUGAAGACUACGACCCUCAUGAUCCUCUAUAUGACUUUGACCUUUCUUCUCAUAUCAUGAUGCUGAUUGAUUGGGAAAGGGUUACUGGCAUGGAAAAGUUCCUUUACCACCAUCACAGUAUUGGAGAUAAUAAGCCAACAACGCUUUUGGUAAAUGGCCAUGGAAGAUUUAAGGAGUUUGUGGAUAGGGAUAAUAGUACUUACAAUACACCCUUGGCACGAUUUACUGUUGAACAGGGAUACAGAUACCGAUUUAGGGUAAUAAAUGCAGGAUUUCUAAAUUGUCCUAUUGAAAUAUCUGUUGAUAAUCACAAAAUUAAAGUAAUCAGUACAGAUGGUAGUGAUAUUAGUCCAAUUGAAGCGGAUUCAUUGGUCACUUACGCCGGAGAAAGAUUCGACUUUGUUUUGUCUGCUGACCAACCCAAAAGUUUAUAUUGGAUUAGAUUUAGGGGUCUUAUGGACUGCGAUGAACGUUUUCGCAGAGCUCAUCAAAUGGCCGUCCUGGAAUAUGCUGGAUUUGAAAACGUUAUCCCCAAUAUUGUUACUCAAGAUUACCAAAGUUUAUUGAACAAAAGCACUUACAAUGCGGAAAAGGAGUCUAAACUUAUAAAUGAUGUAAAGGACGCCUUAUCGAGAGCAAAGUUAAUAACAAACCGUGGAUUUGCUGAUGCUUAUGCUACUUCUGAUAAAGAGAUAUUGCCGGAGGGAGACCCGAACUAUUUUAAUUCAAAAAGAAUUGGAAAGCAAAUUAAUUCGUUGAAUAAAGGCACAGAAGCAAGCAGCUGUCACGUUGCCAUGCCCGACUUAUCUUCAUUGGAAAAAUGGGACUACAGCCUAAAAUUUAAACCGGAUUAUCAGAUUUUUUUGGCUUAUGAUUUUUACAGACUGAAUAACAAACAUUUCCACGGCUAUGGAUAUGAAUUUAACAAUGUUACAAAUCCUUCAGCUAAUCAGCUAUUUACUCCACAAAUUAAUCAUAUAUCGAUGGAAAUGCCCACCUUUGCAUUACUUCCCCAGAGAGACCAGAUUGAUAGUAACAUGUUUUGCAAUGAAAAUACCAUCAGAGAUAAGGAUUGUUCGGCAACAUACUGCGAAUGUCCCCAUGCAUACCAAAUUCCUCUAAAUUCAGUAGUUGAACUGGUAAUAGUAGAUGAAGGUUUUGCAUUCGACGCAAACCAUCCCCUGCACCUCCACGGAUACAACUUUCGAGUUGUAGCCAUGGAAAAAAUCGGUUCUAAUGUGACUGUGGAACAAGUUAAGCAACGUGAUAGAAAAGGACUUAUCAAAAGAAAUUUAAUUGAUGCCCCUAUAAAGGAUACGGUUACUGUGCCAGAUGGGGGCUAUACUGUCAUUCGAUUCCAGGCUUCCAAUCCAGGUUACUGGCUCUUCCAUUGUCAUCUUGAAUUUCAUGCAGAAAUUGGAAUGGCUUUAGUCUUUAUUGUUGGGGAAAACUAUCAAAUGCCGGCAGUACCUCAAGGUUUUCCUCAAUGUGGCAAUUAUAUACCCAUGGAUUCUUUUCCAAAUUUGCCACAAGCGAAACCUCUUUGCAGCAAAAAUUCCUUUGUUAAUAAGUUUGAAAAAGUCAUUUUUGGAGAGUAUUGUGAGGAUGUCCCAGCAAGUAGUAGCGAUGUUGUUAAGUCUAGCGAAAUGCUGUUAUUAUUAUCAGUUUUAUUCAGUUUAUUUGCUGUAUCCUAUUAACUCCAUCUUUUUAAAUUUUAGGAUUAAAUAUAAAUUAUUUUAGAAUAAGUUCUACCUCAAAGGAGUGUUUAUUUAUUAUGUUAUUAUACUACACAACAUAACAUUUAAAGGACUCCAAAUAAAAUAUAAUGUUAUUAAUAAUAUGUGAAGUGGUGUUGUGAAUUAAAUUUUAUACAAUUUUUAAUUAAUUGAUUAAUGUGAUAUAAGGCUGUGAGGUUUAAACCGUAUUUUGAAUCAACAAACAUAACAAAUAAAUUAAAAAUAGGUUUUAUACAGAA